CAUGUUCCUCUACAACCUGACGCUGCAGCGCGCCACGGGCAUCAGCUUCGCCAUCCAUGGCAACUUCUCAGGAACCAAGCAACAAGAAAUUGUUGUUUCCCGGGGCAAGAUCCUGGAGUUGCUUCGCCCUGACCCCAACACAGGCAAGGUGCACACCUUGCUCACGGUGGAAGUGUUCGGAGUCAUUCGGUCCCUCAUGGCCUUCCGGCUCACGGGGGGCACCAAGGACUACAUCGUGGUGGGCAGCGACUCGGGGCGCAUCGUUAUCCUGGAGUACCAGCCCUCCAAGAACGUCUUCGAGAAGAUUCACCAGGAAACCUUUGGCAAGAGUGGCUGUCGCCGGAUUGUUCCCGGCCAGUACUUGGCCGUAGAUCCCAAGGGCCGUGCUGUGAUGAUCAGUGCCAUUGAGAAGCAGAAGCUGGUGUACAUCCUGAACAGAGACGCUGCCGCUCGCCUCACCAUUUCCUCCCCUCUGGAAGCCCACAAGGCCAAUACUUUGGUCUACCAUGUGGUGGGAGUUGAUGUAGGAUUUGAAAACCCAAUGUUUGCAUGUCUGGAAAUGGAUUAUGAGGAAGCGGACAACGAUCCAACGGGAGAAGCAGCAGCCAACACGCAGCAGACCUUGACGUUUUAUGAACUGGACUUGGGUUUGAACCAUGUGGUUAGGAAAUACAGCGAGCCCUUGGAAGAGCAUGGCAACUUCCUUAUAACAGUUCCUGGUGGCUCUGAUGGUCCCAGCGGUGUGCUGAUCUGUUCUGAAAACUACAUUACCUAUAAAAACUUUGGUGACCAGCCUGAUAUCAGAUGUCCAAUUCCCAGGAGACGGAAUGACUUGGAUGAUCCAGAGAGAGGGAUGAUUUUUGUCUGCUCUGCUACACACAAGACCAAAUCCAUGUUUUUCUUCCUGGCUCAGACAGAGCAGGGAGAUAUCUUCAAAAUUACACUUGAGACUGAUGAAGACAUGGUGACAGAGAUUCGACUGAAGUACUUUGACACCGUUCCUGUAGCUGCUGCCAUGUGCGUGCUGAAGACAGGGUUUCUCUUUGUGGCAUCUGAAUUUGGAAACCAUUACCUGUACCAGAUAGCUCAUCUGGGUGACGACGACGAGGAACCAGAGUUCUCCUCUGCCAUGCCCCUUGAGGAAGGAGAUACGUUCUUUUUUCAGCCACGACCUCUCAAGAACCUGGUGCUGGUGGAUGAACUGGACAGUUUGUCUCCUAUUCUGUGCUGUCAGAUAGCGGAUCUGGCCAAUGAAGACACACCCCAGUUGUACGUGGCCUGUGGUCGGGGGCCCCGGUCAUCUCUGAGGGUUCUGAGACAUGGACUUGAGGUAUCUGAAAUGGCCGUCUCAGAGCUGCCCGGUAACCCCAAUGCUGUGUGGACUGUGAGGAGACAUGUUGAAGAUGAAUUUGAUGCCUAUAUCAUUGUGUCCUUCGUAAAUGCCACGCUGGUGCUGUCCAUCGGAGAGACUGUAGAAGAAGUGACAGACUCUGGCUUCCUGGGUACUACGCCCACCUUGUCCUGCUCCCUUCUUGGCGAUGAUGCUUUGGUGCAGGUUUAUCCAGAUGGCAUCCGGCACAUCCGAGCAGAUAAGAGGGUGAAUGAAUGGAAAACCCCGGGGAAGAAAACCAUUGUAAAGUGUGCCGUGAACCAGAGACAAGUCGUGAUAGCGCUGACUGGAGGAGAGCUGGUUUACUUUGAGAUGGACCCGUCAGGACAGCUGAAUGAGUACACGGAGAGAAAGGAGAUGUCGGCUGAUGUGGUUUGCAUGAGCUUGGCCAAUGUUCCACCUGGAGAGCAGCGCUCCCGGUUCCUUGCUGUCGGGUUGGUGGACAACACUGUCAGAAUAAUUUCUCUUGACCCUUCGGACUGCCUGCAGCCGCUGAGCAUGCAGGCCCUGCCCGCGCAGCCCGAGUCGCUCUGCAUCGUGGAGAUGGGUGGCACCGAGAAGCAGGAUGAGCUGGGGGAGAGGGGCUCCAUCGGCUUCCUCUACCUGAACAUUGGGCUGCAGAACGGGGUGCUGCUGCGAACUGUCCUGGAUCCUGUUACCGGGGAUCUUUCCGAUACCAGGACCAGAUACCUUGGCUCGCGGCCUGUGAAACUCUUCCGAGUCCGAAUGCAAGGCCAGGAGGCGGUGCUGGCCAUGUCGAGCCGCUCCUGGCUCAGUUAUUCCUAUCAAUCUCGUUUCCACCUGACCCCCCUGUCGUACGAAACCCUGGAGUUUGCGUCUGGAUUUGCUUCGGAGCAGUGCCCAGAGGGCAUUGUAGCCAUCUCCACAAACACGCUGAGGAUUUUGGCACUGGAGAAGCUGGGGGCAGUCUUCAACCAGGUUGCCUUCCCCUUGCAAUACACGCCCCGAAAAUUUGUCAUCCAUCCUGAGAGCAACAACCUGAUCAUCAUCGAGACCGACCACAACGCUUACACUGAGGCCACCAAAGCCCAGAGGAAGCAGCAAAUGGCUGAGGAAAUGGUGGAGGCUGCGGGAGAAGAUGAGAGGGAACUGGCUGCAGAGAUGGCCGCAGCCUUUCUGAACGAGAAUCUUCCUGAGUCCAUCUUCGGGGCUCCCAAGGCAGGAAAUGGACAGUGGGCCUCUGUUAUCAGGGUGAUGAACCCCAUCCAGGGAAAUACGUUAGAUCUGGUCCAACUGGAGCAGAAUGAAGCUGCUUUCAGCGUGGCCGUGUGCCGCUUCUCCAACACCGGUGAGGACUGGUACGUGCUGGUGGGAGUCGCCAAGGACUUGAUUCUGAACCCGCGCUCGGUCGCUGGCGGAUUUGUCUACACGUACAAGCUGGUGAACGGCGGCGAGAAGCUGGAGUUUCUGCACAAGACGCCUGUGGAGGAGGUUCCUGCAGCCAUUGCCCCCUUCCAGGGUAGAGUCUUGAUUGGAGUUGGAAAGCUCUUGCGUGUGUAUGACCUGGGCAAGAAGAAACUGCUUCGGAAGUGUGAGAACAAGCACAUUGCCAACUAUAUCUGUGGCAUCCAGACCAUUGGGCACAGAGUGAUCGUCUCAGAUGUUCAAGAGAGUUUCAUCUGGGUGCGCUACAAAAGGAACGAGAACCAACUCAUCAUCUUUGCUGAUGACACCUAUCCCCGGUGGGUCACUACAGCAACUCUCCUGGAUUACGACACAGUGGCUGGAGCGGACAAGUUUGGGAACAUCUGUGUGGUGAGGCUGCCCCCCAACACAAAUGAUGAGGUAGAUGAGGAUCCCACAGGCAACAAAGCUCUCUGGGACAGGGGGCUGCUUAAUGGAGCAUCACAGAAGGCUGAAGUGAUCAUGAAUUACCAUGUUGGAGAGACGGUGCUUUCCUUGCAGAAGACCACGCUGAUCCCAGGGGGCUCCGAGUCUCUUGUCUAUACCACGUUGUCAGGGGGUAUAGGAAUCAUGGUCCCUUUUACUUCCCACGAGGAUCACGACUUCUUCCAGCAUGUGGAAAUGCACUUGAGGUCCGAGCACCCUCCUCUCUGUGGACGAGAUCACCUCAGUUUCCGCUCCUACUACUUUCCUGUGAAGAAUGUGAUCGAUGGGGACUUGUGUGAGCAGUUUAACUCCAUGGAGCCUAACAAGCAGAAGAAUGUGGCCGAAGAGCUGGACCGGACCCCACCAGAGGUGUCCAAGAAGCUGGAGGACAUCCGCACGCGCUACGCUUUCUAAGUGGCAGCUGGCAGCAGCAGAGCUCCUUGCUG